AGCACCAUACAGCAAACCACACCUGUAACGGAUAAACAGAAGUAUCAUGGUACUUUGCACUAUGUAGCUCAAGAUGCUUGACAUUAUCUCUUUGUUUGGUUUCUAAAUCCAAACUAUGAUCAAUAGAUAGUAGCACUCAAAUGUCAUUUUCGUUAGAAUAACAAACAGGCAAAAAGGCAGGCAGCUAAACCACCUGUCCACAAAAGCAAUUCGUCCAACUCAUAAAAUAAAAAGAAGGACAAUACUAGUUCAAAUUAGCACAUAAUUCCUAUCCCACAACAGAAAGACCAAAGAAAGAACAUUGACUACGAAAAUGUUGAAAUUGAGAGAGUAAUCAGCUUGUCACCAACAAACUUCUGUUGCCGGUUCAAAGGGUUGACAUUGGAGAAAACAAAUGCAGCAUCUUGCACAGAACGUCAUACAAAAAAGAAAGUAAACAUAUUUAUUCAGAUUCAUAGUUCCGGUCAAUUAGGCCCUUCAACCUUCAAAAUAGGAACUUAAAAAACACCCUAAUUAUAUCACAUUCCUCUUUUUUUCUCUCUCUCUAAGCCGCCACAGGCUCAUACAAGACAAUCCACGCGAAGAAAUACAUACUGGUUCCUCGCUUAGGUGUAGAAAUAAAAAUUAGCAGCAUGGGUUCAAGUUUGUCUUCACGAAAAUUCUUUGGUAGACAGUGAGAAGUGAAUCAGGACUACAUAAAUUAAUGACUCAUAAGCCCGAAUAUCAUGUAACAGUAUCUGAUUCUUCUUUCCAAAUAAUGACACCAAUAAACGCUAUGAAGUCCUAGCUCAAAGUAGUGAGCAACUCACAGUUUCGCUUAUCCCCACAGAAAGACCUAAUGAGAACCAAUGACUACAGAAGUAUCGAUAUUGAGAUAGAAAAGGCAGCUUGUCACCAACAAACUUCUGUUGCCAUUUCAGAGGGCUGGCCUCUGAUAGAUAGCUCAACAGAAUUGGUGCUAUAUGGAAAGAAGGAGGACAAAGAUAUUUCAUUGAAGAAAGCACGUCUACCAUCUUGCAUGUAAUGUCCUAAAAAAUCAAAAGGAAACAGAUUUAUUUGCACUCUUAACUCAGGUUAAUUAAGACUUCAACCUUCAAAGCGGGAACUUAAAGAAUUCCCUAAUCCAAUAACAUCAUCCCAAAGCCGCCAUAGGUGACUCAGAUGGGACAGUCUGCUUGAAGAAAUACCUACAUAUUCCUGGCUUAGGUGUUGAAGUAAGAAGUUGCAGCAGGAAUUCAAAUUUGACUCCAAAAAAGUGCCUAGGCAGUAAGUGGGAGCUAGAUUAGGGCUAAAUAAGUUCAUAAAUGGAAGAACCAUAGCACAUCUCUCACACCACGAAAAAUGGCCACGUUCCUCUUUCUUUUCAUUCUUCCAUUGCUCCCAAUUCUUCCAUGCUCAGAUGCUUCACCCAUGCCGCUUCUAAGUAGGGGCUCAUCCUUAUUGGUAGAAGAGUACAAACACACCUUCCUUACCUCACCAGAUGGUGAUUUCUCAUGUGGCUUCUAUGAAGUUGGAAGGAAUGCUUUCUCCUUCUCCAUCUGGUUCACCAACACUGCGGAAAAGACCACUGUGUGGUCUGCAAAUCCCAAGUACCCUGUGAAUGGUCAGGGCUCCAAGGUUUUGCUGAACCAUGAUGGCAAUUUGGUCCUGACUGAUGUCAAUGGCACCGUGACAUGGGACAGUAAGACGAGCUCUGGCAAGGGCACGACAGUUGUCCUUCUUGACACCGGCAACCUUGUCAUAAGAAAUGGCAACAGUGAAAUUUUGUGGGGAAGUUUCUCUUCACCAACUGACACCUUGCUUCCUUUUCAGCCCCUAACCAAAGGAACAAGGUUAGUCUCUGGUUACAAUAGCCUCUAUUUUGAUAAUGACAAUGUGCUGCGCCUCAUGUACGAUGGGCCAGAUAUAUCAAGCAUCUACUGGCCAAGUGCAGAAUACACAGUGUACAAAAAUGGGCGGACAAAUUACAACAGCUCGAGAAUUGCAGUCCUUGAUGCUGAAGGUUAUUUCCAGUCAAGUGAUUUACUUAAAGUAAAGUCUUCUGAUUGGGGCACUAUGACCAAAAGAAGGCUGACACUUGAUUAUGAUGGAAACCUCAGAAUGUACAGCUUGAAUGCAUCAAGAGGGAGUUGGAUAGUCUCAUGGGAGGCUGUAGCAAAAAUGUGUGGUGUGCAUGGGCUAUGUGGAAAGAAUGGGAUAUGUGAAUACUGGCCAAGCCUCCAUUGCUCAUGUCCCCCAGGAUAUGAGAUGACUGACCCACAGAAUUGGAACAAAGGUUGCCGGCCAAACUUCAGCAAAAUCUGCAAUGGAAGUUACAAGGCAGAAGACUUUGAGUUCAUCAAGCUCCCACAUACUGACUUUUAUGGCUUUGAUCAGACAUAUAACGUGUCCAUCUCACUAGAAGAAUGUAAGAAGGCCUGCUUGGAGAUUUGCUCAUGUGCUGGUUUCACAUACAAAACGGGACCUGGACUUUGCUACACCAAAGUUCUUCUCUUCAACGGCUACAGGUACCCACAUUUUCCUGGAGACAACUAUAUAAAACUACCGAAAAAUUUGGGGAUAUCAACAUCCUCAGACUCCAGAAAGUCCCGUCUCACGUGCAACCGGAAUAUUCCUGAGAUUGUACAAGGAUCUUCAAGUAUGUAUGGCAUAAACAGUGUCGAUAAAAAUUGGACAACUUAUUAUGUGUUUGCAGCAAUACUGGGAGCCCUAGUACUGCUCUUCACUGGUACAAGCUGGUGGUUUCUUUCAAGCAAGCAAGACAUUCCCAAAUCAAUGGAGGCAGGCUAUAGGAUGGUAACAAACCAAUUCAGGAUGUUCACACAUCGGGAGUUAAAGGAAGCAACUGGAAAGUUCAAGGAAGAGAUUGGAAGAGGGGGCUCUGGAAUCGUUUACAGAGGAGUACUUGAAGAUAAGCGAGUAGUGGCGGUGAAGAAGCUAACAAAUUUCUCACACAGUGAGGAGGAAUUGUGGGCAGAAAUGAGUAUAAUUGGAAGGAUUAACCAUAUGAAUUUAGUACGGAUGUGGGGUUUUUGCUCUGAGGGUCAACACAAACUACUGGUUUAUGAGUAUGUGGAGAAUGAAUCACUGGACAGGUAUCUAUUUGGCAAUGUAAGUAGUGAGAGGCUAAUUUCAUGGAGCCAGCGAUUCAAAAUUGCAUUGGGAACAGCAAGAGGCUUGGCCUACCUCCAUCAUGAAUGCCUUGAGUGGGUGAUCCACUGUGAUAUAAAACCAGAGAACAUACUCCUGACCCGAGAUUUUGAAGCUAAGAUAGCAGACUUUGGACUAGCCAAACUCUCAAGGAGAGACAGAUCCAGUUUCAACCUUACCCACAUGAGAGGAACAAUGGGUUACAUGGCACCAGAAUGGGCGUUGAACUCCCCAAUCAACACAAAAGUCGAUGUCUACAGUUAUGGUGUUGUCCUUAUUGAGAUUGUGACAGGAAGUAGGAUCUCAAGUGGGGUAACAGUGGAUGGGACAGAAGUCGAGAUUAAACAAUUCGUACAGGUCUUGAAACAGUAUACGGAGAGUGGCAGUGUCAAGGAUAUAGUUGAUCAAAGGCUGCAUGGUCAAUUCAAUCCUGAGCAAGCAAUGGUAAUGUUGAAAAUUGCUACAGCUUGUCUUGAAGAAAGAAACAGCAGGCCUUCAAUGCAUGACAUUGUAAAAGCACUAUUGGCAUGUGAUGAUGAAGAUGAUCAUCCCGCCUACUCAUGGUGA